ACACUUUUGGAAGUUCUUGUUGUUUCCUUAAUUAUUUAUUUCGUUCGAAAACUACUUUCACUUUGUCUUUUGCAAACUCCUCGUACUCGUUCUCACAAAACAAACGUUGUGGCGGCACUACAACAACAACAUGCGACUUUCUUCUUCACUCAGUUUCACCAUUGCCAACAACUCAAUCACAUGUACUACAACAACAAACCAACAACCUCAAUCAAACAAUAACAAUACUUUUCCCUCAUUUUCCAUCACUCUCAAUCAUUCCCUUCACAAACCCCACUUGUUCAGAAUCCACUGUAUCAAACCAGACCCAAUUACCCCUUUAGAAUACCCUAAAUCCGAUCACGGUGGAAAUGACGGCGGCGAUUUUAACGGAGGAGACAACGGCGGUGAUGGAAACGGAGAAGAAGGUGACGGGGAAGGAGAUGAAGAGUUUGGACCUUUGUUGAAUUUUGAAGCUGUGAUGAAAGAAGCUGAAGCGCGUGGUGUUACAUUGCCUUCAGAUAUGGAAGAAGCUGCGAGAAUCACUGGCAUUAGAGAAAUGUUUCUUCUUCGUUACUUAGAAUUAUUACAAGGUUCUGCAUGGCCAUUGGCUUUUCUGAUGAAGAAUUGUUCAAUGCUGAGAAAUAGAAUGUUAGCUGACCCUUCUUUUCUCUUUAAAGUUGGAACUGAGAUUGUUAUAGAUUCUUGUUGUGCAACUUUUGCGGAGGUUCGGCAAAGAGGCAAGGAUUUCUGGGCUGAAUUUGAGUUGUAUGCUGCUGAUCUUCUUGUUGGAGUGGUUGUUGACAUUGCUCUAGUGGGUCUGUUGGCACCCUAUGCACGAAUUGGCAAGCCUUCUUUGUCAAAGGGUUUACUUGGACGCAUUCAACAUGUUUGUGCUGCUCUUCCUAGCAGUGUUUUUGAAGCUCAAAGACCAGGAUGCAAAUUCACUGUGAUGCAGCGUGUUGCCACGUUCUUCUACAAGGGUGCAUUGUAUGGAUCUGUUGGAUUUGGAUGUGGGAUUGUUGGUCAAGGAAUUGCAAAUAUGAUUAUGAAUGCCAAGAGGAACAUUAGUAAAUCUGAACAUGACAUACCUGUGCCUCCUCUUCUGCAAAGUGCUGCUCUUUGGGGUUUCUUUCUCGCUGUGUCAUCUAACGCCCGUUAUCAAAUUAUCAAUGCACUGGAAAGCCUUGUUGAAUCAUCUCCGGUGGCUAAGAAGGUCCCACUUGUUGCAAUGGCUUUCACCGUUGGUGUGCGAUUCGGUAACAACAUCUAUGGUGGUAUGCAAUUCGUAGAUUGGGCCAAGUCGAGCGGCAUACAAUGAGUGCCCUCGUCCUAAACUUCCCCCUUGCACCUUUUCGAAAGUUAUAUCGAAAAUUCGUUUAGCUCAUACAUAUCCAAGUGGAUGAUUCUUACUCAACAAGUGAAGCUCCCAUCAUUUUUUUUCAUUUGUUGGGUAGCAACUAUUGGUAUUAAAUUAGAACCAUAGCCUUUCCUAUUCUCAAUGUUAUGUAACUUAGUUAUGUCAAAUGUGUGCAUGAGGAGACUUCGCAUUUUUAUUGGGAUUGGAAUAAGAGAAACGGUUUUGCCACUCUCUUUUGGACAAAGAGUGGUGUGCUCAACAAAAUUUUGUAACACUAUGCUCAAUCAUUUGUUAAUUAGCAAUUACUCUCAUAAAAUGACAUAAUUAUCAAGAGUUUUUUUUCUA